AUGCCUUCACAAGGUUCACCAGUUAGUGUAUCUUUAUGUGAAUUAGAAAAGGGAAUCGAAGACAAGAGGUUAUCAGACGCGUUUGGUCCGAACUCCUUGGGAAUUCUUGUUGUCGAGAAUCUUCCAAUUUGGUUUCAAGAUUUAAGAUUAAGAGUAUUGAAAGCCGCUUCCAUUUUGGCGAAUUUACCUUCAGACAUUUUGAAGAAUCUUGAAUGUGAAGAAGCAAUGUGGGUAGUUGGUUGGUCGUGUGGGAAAGAGAUUCUUGCAAAUACUGGUGAGCCAGAUUUCAACAAAGGUUCUUACUAUAUCAAUUGUGCAUUUCAUGUCGAUGAGAAACUUGAAGGACCCACAGAAGAGUUGAUUAGACAAUUCCCUGAGUGCAAAUCUUAUACCCUUCCUAACAUGUGGCCUGCAGAUGAUAUCAAGGGAUUGGAGACUUUCAAAAGCGAUUGCAAAAAGUUGUGCAAUUUCAUUAUUGACGUAGCUGAGUCGGUAGCAGCCAAUUGCGAUCGAUAUAUUAAGGAUAUACAUCGAGAGUAUGAAACAGGAUACUUGCAAAGAAUAGUGAAGAAUUCUUCUUGCACCAAAGCACGGUUGUUACAUUAUUUCCCUAGCAAAGGAGGAAACAUAGGGGAGGAUGAUUGGUGUGGAGAACAUGUAGACCAUUCCUGUUUGACGGGGUUGACGUCAGCCUUGUUUUUGGAUGAAUCUAAAGGCAUAACUUCGUCUCUUUCCAAGUCUCCCGAUCCUUCAGCAGGGUUGUAUAUACGGGAUCGGAAUAAUGAGAUUGUGAAAGUCGAUAUACCUAGCAAUUCACUUGCAUUUCAAUCUGGGUCUGCUUUGGAAGAAAUAUCUAGAGGAAAGUUCAAAGCAGUACCUCAUUUCGUAAAGGGAACUAACCUACCCUCAAUUGCUAGAAAUACCUUGGCUGUUUUCUGUCAACCCAAUCUUGACGAAGCAAUAAAUGAAAAAGAAAAUUUUGCAGUGUAUGCCAAUAGAAUCUUGAAAGAAAAUCACUAA